AACUCUUGGAGAACAUUACUUUCUACGAGUGGCUGACUCGAGUGAUUCAAAGAUCCAGUGAAGCUGGUCGUUCAUUGACAUGCCCACCGAUUCUACAAGCGAAAGGACGAUCAGGGUCACCGUUGUCGCGGCCAACAGUCUCGUGAAGCGUGAUCUAUUCUCCCUCCCAAACCCCUUUGCCGUCAUAUCCGUCGAUGCCGGACAAACGCAGCAGACCACCGUUCUCAAGAAGACAUUGACCCCGUACUGGAACGAAUCUUUUGACAUCGCCGUGAAUGCCUCCUCUCGCUUGUCUAUCCAGCUCUUCGACCACCGCAAAUAUAAGCGCUUCGACCAAGGCUCGCUCGGCUGCCUCGACGUCGGCCUCAGCGACGUCCUCGACUUUGCUAAUGGCGGAAACGUGAUCCAGAACAUGGACCUGCGCCCUGGCCCCGACGGCCAGUCCGUGCACGGCAAACUCAUGUUCUCCCUCAACACCGAGAGCGCCGCAGGCGCGUCGACGAUCAGCACAUCGCGCUCGCACUCGGAGCUCCGCGCCGCGGCCUCGUCCUCGGCGCGGACGUCCGUGUCAAGCUCGACCGCUUCGCGCCCCGUCGUCCGUCGCGAGAGCAGCCUGGACAUUCGGCCUGACGAGUCUUUCAUCCCAAGGUUGUCGGAGGACGGGUUGGAGAGGCCGCGUGCGGAGGUGGCGCGGCCGGCGUCCGUCGUUACCGCUGCUACCAACACACCUGCAAUCGCGGAGGAGGAGGCGCUCCCGCCGGGAUGGGAGCGCCGGACUGACGGGCGUGGGCGCGGGUACUACGUCGACCACAACACGCGGACGACCUCAUGGCACCGGCCGAGCGCAUCAGGAUCGGUGACGGCGGCGGCGGCGGCGGCGGUGGCGGAGCAGAGCGCCGCUCCCGAGACGCCGGUGCUCCCGAACCAGACGAAUCCGGACGGGACGUACGCGGACGUGCCGCUGCCGCUCGGGUGGGAGGAGCGGCGGGCGGCAGACGGGCGGCCGUACUUCGUGGACCACCACACGCGCACGACGACGUGGCACGAUCCGCGGCGGACGGGCGUCGAGGGCGUGCUCGCGACAUCGUCGCGGAUGCAGACGCGCGCGGCGCAGGUGGGCCCGUUGCCGUCCGGCUGGGAGAUGCGCAUGACGUCGACGCGGCGGGUGUACUUCGUCGACCACACCACGCGCACGACGACGUGGGACGACCCGCGCUUCCCGACGGCGGUGGACGCGGACGCGCCGCAGUACAAGCGCGACUAUAGGCGAAAGGUGGUGUAUUUCCGGAGCCAACCGGCGAUGCGGGUCGUGGCGGACGGCAAGUGCGACGUGCGGGUAAGGAGGGGGUGGGUGUUUGAGGACAGCUUUGCGGCGAUUAUGAGGUUGAAGGCGGAUGAUCUGCGGAAGAGGUUGAUGGUCAAGUUUGAGGGUGAGGAUGGGCUGGACUACGGUGGCGUGUCGAGGGAAUGGUUCUUCCUCUUGUCGCACGAGAUGUUCAACCCCUCGUACGGCCUCUUCGAGUACUCGGCGCACGACAACUACACUCUGCAGAUCAACUCGGCCUCUGGCAUCAACCCCGAACAUCUCGAGUACUUCAAGUUCAUCGGGAGAUGUCUCGGGCUGUCCAUCUUCCACCAUCGCUUCCUAGACGCGUACUUCGUCCCCAGCCUGUACAAGAUGAUUUUGGGUAAAAAGGUGACGCUGAAGGACUUAGAGGCGGUCGAUGCGGAACUCCACAGAGGCCUGACAUGGAUGCUGGAAAACAACAUCACCGACAUCCUCGAUGAGACGUUCACCACCACCGAAGACCGCUUCGGCGAGUUGGUCACGAUCGACCUGAAGCCCGACGGCUCGAACAUCGCCGUCACCGAGGCCAACAAGGCCGAGUACGUCGACCUCGUCGUCGAGUACCGCAUCCACAAGCGCGUCGGCGACCAGUUCCGCGCGUUCAUGGGCGGCUUCUCAGAAGUGAUCCCGCAGGAACUGAUCACCGUGUUCGACGAGACGGAGCUCGAGCUCCUGAUCGGCGGGAUGUCCGAGAUCGACAUGGACGACUGGACAAAGUUCACCGACUACCGCGGGUACGAGAAGACGGACCAGGUGAUCGAGUGGUUCUGGCAGUGCCUCCGGUCGUGGCCGACGGAGCGCAAGGCGCGCCUGCUGCAGUUCACGACGGGCACGUCGCGCGUGCCCGUGAAUGGCUUCAAGGACCUGCAGGGCUCCGACGGGCCGCGGCGGUUCACGAUCGAGAAGAGCGGGGACCCCAACGGCCUCCCGCGCAGCCAUACGUGCUUCAACCGCCUCGAUCUGCCGCCGUAUCAGGACUACGAGAGCCUGGAGCGGAAGCUGCGCUAUGCGAUCGACGAGACGGAGGGAUUCGGACAGGAGUGAAGACGCUCGCUGCUCCGUGUCGUUUAAGUUUUCUUUUUGCUGUCCUUCGGACCGUUGUGGAAUCUAUGUAUGUUGCAAUUUGUGUUCGAUCUUCUGUAUUUUGUCGUGUCUUUUCUGCUAUCACGUCGUGUGCUUACUCCACCACGACACUAUACAUUAAUUCGCUCGUUUUUGGUACUCGUGUUUUUCUGUAACGCUUGAUUUCCUAGACUGUAGUGCUGCGAUAUGAUUAUAAUCCCAUUGACUGGUUGUCCAAC